GACACCACCCCACCCCAGCCUGGGCACCAGCAUGGCGUCCAGCGAGGACGACGGCGGCGCGGCGUCGGACGAGAAGGAAAACAACAACAAGAAACGCGGCAAAGGCACCGUGGCCACUGCAUGGCUCGCCUUCUACAACAUCGCCAUGACGGCCGGCUGGUUGGUCCUGGCCAUGGCGAUGAUACGCUUCUACAUGCAGAAAGGCACACACAAGGGCCUUUACAGAAGUAUAGCCAGGACCCUCAAGUUUUUCCAGACUUUUGCUUUAGUCGAGGUGGGACACUGCGCCAUCGGUCUUGUUAGGACGUCAGUGAUUGUCACCGGGGUGCAAGUGAGCUCGCGAAUAUUCAUGGUGUGGUUCGUCACCAGCAGCAUCAGACAGGUACAGAAUGAAGAAAGCGUGGUCCUCUUUCUGGUGGUGUGGACCCUGACGGAGAUCACCAGAUAUUCCUACUACACCUUCAACCUGCUCCACCACCUGCCGUACUUCAUCAAAUGGGCCAGAUACACGCUGUUCAUCAUACUGUACCCGCUGGGCGUGGCGGGUGAGUUGCUGACCAUCUACUCGGCACUGCCCUUUGUGCGCCGCUCGGGCAUGUACUCCAUGAGGCUCCCCAAUAAGUACAACGUGUCCUUUGACUACUACUACUGCCUGGUGGUUAUCAUGCUAUCCUACAUCCCAUUGUUCCCUCAGCUCUUCUUCCACAUGCUGCGACAGAGGAGGAGGGUGCUCCACGGCGAGGUCAUCGUGGAGAAGGAUGACUAGUCGGAGCUAGCUCGAUCGCCACACAUCUGAAAAAUGCACGGGAGGAGGCACAAUUGUUGUUUACAAAUGGCUGUCAGGAGACGUACUGAGGACCGGUUGUGGGGGUGCAAUAACUCACAUUGUUACAGUGUCCCAGAUAAUUGACAAGAAAACAACAAAUCUCAAGAAACAAUAAAUGUCCACGUAGACAAUUUUUUGUGUAUGUUUGUCCGAGGGAAAACACUAAAAUUUUGUCUGCAUUUGUUGGUGAUGUUUACCUGUAAGAUUUGUGUGUCGCUACUUCGAUUCCCGCCGAGCAAAAAGGUGCUAACAGGAGAAUCGUUGAUUGAUGUUCAAUCAAUAAUUCUGCUUAUAGGAACAAAAGGCCGCAAUUUACUGGGGCGGGUGGGGGGUGGGGGGGGAGAGUAAAGAAAUGUGAAAUCAUGUGCAAAAAUCAAUAAACUCAAUUCUACGA